UAUGCGCCUUGUGUUUGGCGACGUCGCUGCCUCCGUGUUUUGGACGGGCGCUUUUCGGUGCGGGGUUUUACGCCGUAACGAAAACAAAUGGUCGAUGUAGGUCAGCAACUACAGUCAGAAUGUCUUUUCUCUUUUACUUCCACAUUCUCUCCUGCCACAAACAGAUGGCGUCGAGAGGGGGAUGGAGAGAAUAGGGAGAGAGACUCAUAAAGGACUAGGGGGCUACACCAGGCCACACACUAGCCUGGGUCUGCCCAUCACUAUCUACACGCACACGCACACGCAGCCCUCUUCAUGCCAAGACACCGGGGGCCACGGUGCUCAGGCCCAUCUUCCACAAAGUUUUCGCUGUUGUCGAGCUUUUCUUUUUUAAAGACACAAACGCAUUCUUUUGCCUGGGGGUGGGGGUGUUAAUGGUUUGUUUGGAGCGGACAAAAGUGUCUACGAUCCGUCAGCUCUGGUGUGUGUGUCAUGUACAGUCGAAGCCACAUCUUGGCCACAACCCUGCGCCGCUGCAGGUAACCUCUAGCCCGGGCUGCUGGAGCUGCUGGCCCCCGGCGCGGACGCGGACCACCGCCAGUCACUGGACCGUCACAGACCACUGACAGGCCACAGGAGGAGGCGAGCCGGCGCCUGGGUAGAUGUGAGCCCAAGGUAAUGGCCAGGCUGGUGGACAUAGGCACACAAACAGAUCCAGUAGUUGUGCUGUCCUUGGCCCAGGCUGCCGUGCUAGGUCUUAUCUCCCAGAAUGAAGUGUUCGGAGCUACCAUUGCACCUAAUGGCUUCUACACUGGUGAACCCAAAGAGUCCCCAGCGCCCCCAGUAGACGGCGUCGACUACGAGUACGCAGACCAGCUUAUCGGAGCCAACGGAGAUUACCUAGGAGACAACUUGGGAGAAGACGGUCAGAUGCAACCCAGCUGCAGUCAGAGGAGGUGGCAGCAGGGGCCUCCUCAGCACCCGGAUGGGAAAAUGGUCGGCCCAGAUCGUCACAGCCUACAAGGCAGUGAUGUAUCCUCGUCCCAUGUAAAAGGGGAAGCGGUGAACUCUGGCAUGUCCUCCUGUGUUCACAUGCUUAACAAUAUGGCUCCUAGAGGUGGUUUAGUACAAGUAGACCCGGCCACCCUCAGAGGUCCCAACAAGAACUGUGCAGAGUGUGAGCGGGAAGCAACUAACCAGCAGCAAGCCAACACGCAUGGUCACCCUCCACCCAACCAGGUGGGCCACAGAGGAGGGGAGCAGGGCCACAGAGGAUUGCAGGCCCAGCGCCCUAUGGGGGGCCACGGUCGAGUCGGCCGAGAGGAUGAAGAAGAGGUAGAACACCAGGGGAAUAACAUGAUGAAGCCCACACAACAGGAGGAAGCCAUCAGCAGCUACUUUCAGACUAGUGAAGUGGGCAGUUAUGAUUCAGGGGAAAUGAGCAUGGGGGGUGAGUACGAAGACGGCAGCCAGAGCAUGAUGUGGACAGAUGGGAGUGGAGGAGGGCAGCACCAGCAGCCGCCGCACCCACAGCCUCCUCGGCGGCACGGCGGCCGCAGAGUCGACCGGCUAGACAUCAACAUCCAGAUUGAUGAAUCUUACUGCGUGGAUGUUGGAGAUGGUUUGAAGCGCUGGAAGUGCCGCAUGUGUGAAAAAUCCUACACAUCCAAAUACAACCUGGUCACACACAUUCUGGGCCACAAUGGCAUCAAGCCGCAUGCCUGUCCACAUUGUGGGAAACUGUUCAAGCAGCCCAGUCACCUCCAGACUCACCUACUAACCCACCAAGGUACGCGGCCCCACAAAUGCACCGUGUGCAAAAAGGGCUUCACCCAGACCAGCCACCUGAAGCGACACAUGCUCCAACACACUGAUGUUAAGCCCUACAGCUGCCGCUUCUGCCGCCGCGGCUUUGCCUAUCCCAGCGAGCUACGAGCGCAUGAGGUGAAGCACGAGCGGGGUCGCUGCCAUGUGUGCUCGCAAUGCGGAAUGGAGUUCCCCACUUACGCCCACCUCAAACGGCACCAGACCAGCCACCAGGGCCCCCACACCUUCCAGUGCACUGAGUGCAACAAGUCAUUUGCCUACCGUAGCCAACUGCAGAACCACCUCCUGAAGCACCAGAGCCCGAGGCCUUACACCUGCUCCCAGUGCGGCCUGGAGUUUAUGCAGCUCCACCAUUUGCGUCAGCACUCUCUCACCCAUAAGGGAAUGAAAGGACACAAGUGUGACGUGUGCUCCCGGGAGUUCACCCUGUCUGCCAACCUGAAGAGGCACAUGCUCAUCCAUAACAGCGUCAGACCCUUCCAGUGUCACGUCUGCUUCAAGAGCUUUAUCCAGAAACAGACCCUCAAGACUCACAUGAUUGUUCACCUGCCUGUCAAGCCAUUCAAAUGCAAGGUAUGUGGCAAGUCUUUCAAUAGAAUGUACAAUCUGCUGGGCCACAUGCACCUCCAUGCUGGCAGUAAGCCUUUUAAGUGUCCUUACUGCACCAGUAAGUUCAACCUGAAGGGGAACCUGAGCAGGCACAUGAAGGUCAAGCAUGGAAUGGACGUUUCACCAGAAGGACAAGAGGUUCUUCCAGAAAUAGAGAGCCAGGGGGAGUAUGAAGGACAGAACUUCACCUUUACAUCACCAGACAAUAUGGACAAUGGUGGCUCCCAAAACCUAACUAAACUCACUACAGCAAACAUGGAGGACAUGGAGGAAUAUUACAAUUUUGGGAAGGAUACGAGCAGCUACACUACACCUUGAGUGGUGAUCGGCCAGAUGACGUGUUUUUUUUUUAUUUUUUAUUUUGAAAUCAGAAGUGAUUGACAGAGUUGUCAUGGCUUUGGGAGACUCUGGGAGAAAGAGUUUUCUUUUAGGUUUGGCCUCCUUGCUAAAGAGCCAGAACUGAAGGACUCUGAUGGGAGGCCAGGAAUGCACUUCAGAGGAGACGUUUCAGCUCUGUGGCUUAGAGAAGAGACACUGAAACUGUUGGCAUGGCUGGGAGCUCCUUUUGGGAUUACGAUGCUAACACGACACAGACUCUUUCUGGUGGACAGUCAAAUCUGUAUGUUGUGUGUAUGUAUCACUUAUUUGAAAAGAAAAAAGAAAACGUUGCAGAGCCAUCAGUUACAUUUGAUGUGAUAGAAAUUUGUUUACUCUUUUGCCAUUUUUGUCAUUCACUAUCAAUGUAUGACCUUAUACACACACAGUAGAUACAUUUGCAACUAAGCUUCCACCUUGUCUGCUACUUACUCAGUGUAUAUCGAAGUUUUUGAUACAUAGUCACAACAUAUUCUUGGGUUUGAAUGCUCUCACUAAACCGUUUCUAAUUGUCCUUCCCGUUCCUGCCCAGCCCUCAGUUUAACAUUUAAACAGAUGAGUCUGUCAGUGCAUUUGUGCUUUUUGCACAGGACUUUGUAGCCUUUGUCUUACCAGGGCACUUAGUACCAAAGUUGCUACUGUUCCAUGUCCCAUGUUGGCCAAUACCAGAAAAUAAUGUGGCCGGCUUGUAAAGCCCUCUCACUGUAUAAAUAAUUCUGCAACAUGCUGUUUGUUUACCCACUUGUUUGUUUCACAUGGUUUAGCUUUACAUUAAUAAUCUCUCUGUGUAGUGAAAUAUACUGCUCUAGUAUUUGAAUUCCCAUGUGAACAAUACAAAGCACUUUUUCACUGAGACUGUCAUUUGCCUCAAGGUGACGAGCCGGGGGAACAGAUAUGCUUUCUCAGUAGGUUCUUUGCAAGCUGAAGUUUCUGUCAUAUGGUUGUUGGUUCAAAUAUGAAAUGGAGAAUGAGCAGUUUGUAUGGAGAAUCAUUAGUUUGGGGUUUUUGUUGUUUGUCGUUUCAACACUUCUAUGUCCAGAACUGGUUUUCACUUUACUUUCAGUUCAGUUAAUUCAGAAAUAUGUUUCCCCUGAAGGGGAUCGACACUGAAAAUGGAUAUUAAAUUGAAUCUGUAGAUUAAAACAUAAUGUGGAGAUCCUGAUUACAUUUUGAGCCUAAAGUAGACUGAAACCAGUUCUGCUAUCUGUAAUUCUGUUUUGGGGAAGACCGUGGGCUCCCUCUGUCCUGCCAUGCAGGUCAGCAUCGAUAUGCACACUAAACUAGAGGAAUGGUCUACUAGCUGUUUUUUCAGAUGAGGAAUAUCAAACUGAGGCCUCAUGGAGAUUGACCAUGAAUUAUUUAAUAAAGGUCAUCUAGUUUAAA